AUGGGAGAUCCACGAGAGUCGUCAUCAUACAGUGUUACCCCAAGGCUUCGAUACAACACCAUUGGGGGUGUGAACGGUCCCUUGGUCAUUUUGGAAAAUGUCAAAUUCCCAAGAUACAAUGAGGUUGUUACCUUAACCCUACCUGAUGGCACUCAAAGGUCCGGUCAGGUACUCGAAGCUAGAGGAAACCGUGCGGUUGUUCAGGUUUUCGAAGGCACAUCAGGCAUCGAUGUUAAGAAGUCAAAAGUCGAAUUUACGGGACAUAGUUUGAAGCUCGGCGUUUCCGAAGACAUGUUGGGCCGCAUCUUCGAUGGAUCAGGAAGAGCGAUUGAUAAGGGACCCCAGGUUCUGGCUGAGGACUACUUGGACAUCAACGGAAGUCCAAUCAACCCGUAUUCGCGCGUCUACCCGGAAGAAAUGAUUUCCACUGGUAUUUCUGCCAUUGAUACCAUGAACUCGAUUGCGCGUGGGCAGAAGAUCCCUAUCUUCUCUGCUGCUGGUCUGCCACAUAACGAGAUUGCUGCUCAGAUUUGUCGACAAGCAGGUUUGGUUCAAAAGCAGGGUGUCACAAGCAAAGGUGUCCAUGAUACGCACGAGGAGAAUUUCUCCAUUGUGUUUGCUGCCAUGGGUGUCAACUUGGAGACGGCUCGAUUCUUCACAAGAGAUUUCGAAGAGAACGGCAGUUUAGAACGUGUUACUUUGUUCUUGAACUUGGCCAAUGACCCUACUAUCGAACGUAUCAUCACACCCCGCCUUGCUCUCACUACCGCCGAAUACUACGCCUACCAACUCGAAAAGCACGUUUUGGUUAUCCUUACCGAUUUGACCGCAUACUGUGAUGCCCUUCGUGAGGUUUCAGCUGCUCGUGAAGAAGUGCCAGGCCGACGUGGUUACCCGGGUUAUAUGUAUACUGAUUUGUCCACUAUCUAUGAACGUGCCGGUCGUGUGCAAGGACGAAAUGGUUCCAUCACUCAAAUUCCUAUCUUGACUAUGCCUAACGACGAUAUCACUCAUCCAAUUCCUGAUUUGACUGGCUACAUUACGGAGGGGCAAAUCUUCAUCGAUCGUCAACUCUGGAACCGCGGCAUCUACCCACCUAUCAAUGUUUUGCCCUCGUUGUCUCGUCUUAUGAAGUCCGCCAUUGGUGAAGGACAUACUAGAAAAGACCAUGGAGAUGUUUCUAACCAAUUGUAUGCGAAAUAUGCCAUUGGUCGUGAUGCAGCUUCAAUGAAGGCGGUCGUCGGUGAGGAGGCUUUGUCGUCGGAAGACAAACUUUCUUUGGAAUUCUUGGAAAAGUUCGAGCGCAGUUUCAUCUCGCAAGGGGCUUACGAGUCAAGAACCAUCUAUGAAUCUCUCGACCAAGCAUGGUCGCUACUGCGUAUCUAUCCAAAGGAAUUGCUCAACCGUAUCCCGUCCAAGGUCCUCGCCGAGUUCUACCAACGAUCAGCUGCCGAUCGCAAAGGAAAGGGACGAGCAACCAAGGACACGAGAGAUAACACCGAGGAGUCGAAGCCUAAAGGCAGUGGGCAGGAGGAGAGCCUAAUCGAUGCAUGA